GGCGGGCGGCGGCCGCGAGUCCCCCGGGCCACCGUGGCCUGGGAGUGAUUAUUGUUGGGCGGGGGGCGGGCGCAGACGGGCCGGACCCGGCAGGAAAAAGUCUGUCACCGGCCAGGGAGCGGCGGGAGCAGCCGCUCAGCCCGGGCAGGAGGGGAGUUGACGCGCGGGAAAGGGCAGCGCCGGACAGAGUCCGGAGCCGGGUGCCCCGGACCCCGCCCCCGCCCCCGCCGCUGGGAAGGAGCGACCGGGCGGGAGCGGGAGGGGGCGGGGCCGGGGGCGCCGGGGCCACACAGGGGGAAGGCGCAGCGCCGGGAGGGGGUCCCAGAGCGAGAGGUCACCGCCGGGAGGGAAGGCCAGCUGGCGACCGCCGCCGUGCAGCUUUCCGGCCGAGCCCCUCGAAGGAAACCUUCGAAGGAGUCCCCGGGGCUCGCCAGAGUCCCCUCAUGCUUGCUUUCCCCACCCGCUUUCCUUUCCACAACUCCACGCAGGGCUCCUGGAGCCCUCCCUACAGACCCCCGCCAAUCCCAGAGGACCUCUGUUCCCCCAGGAACUCCCAGCCUGGCCCUCCCCCCUCGAGAUGUGAGGGGCUGCCAGGAGAGGAGGGGAGACGGGCAGGUGCAGGCUAAGCCCUGGAGAGAGGCUGGGGGUGGGGGGCACUGGGCACACUGCUCUGCCGGGUCCUCCUUCUCUGACCCUGAUCCAGGGACACCUCUGUGCUUUCACUGCCCCCGACUGACCUCCGCUACCGCUCAGGAGCACAUGUUGCCCCUCACACCGGACAGGACGGGAGUACACAUUCCCCUAACAGAUCAGACCGCUCCAGCCAGCUCGGACACCCUCGCUACCCUGCAGCCACACACUCCACCAGGGGAGGAAGCAAAGAUGGCAGUUGUCACCCGGCAGCCCCAGAAGUGACACUGCUGAUGGGUGCAAUGGCUCCCUGUCCCCUUCAUUCACAGUCCCACACUCUUGUCCGUCACACUUCUGCAUGCCACCCCUGCACACCAGCCACUGGCUGACACUUCACAUUCCUCCUCACGUCCCACCUCUUGUGCACACCUGGCUUCUGCACUCUCCCCCAGCCCCUCCCGCACCCCUCUUGAUAAUAACACCCUUUCCAACUCACCCACCACUGCCCUGGACUCCUCCUUCACUGCUCCCCCUGCCUCUGGCUCUUAGUGGGCUGCUGGGCUCCCCCCUGGCUCCCCGCUGGCCUCCCUAAGCACACCCAGGGCCCUCUUGCGGCACAAUCAGGAACCCUCUCGCUCCAGCCAAAGCCCAACUCUUGUCUCGCUUGCUUGGUUACUGACUUCAAAAGGCAGAGGGGCUGGCCCACCCUCAGCUUCUUCCCCUGGGCCUCAGUGACUUCUGUCAUUUAGGCUGGAAGAGAAGGGCAGGAAGGGGAAUGCUGGAGAGGAGAGGAGAGAUGAAGCCCGCAUGUUUCCUGUGGGAGGAAUUGAGCAUGCAUAGUGUGACCUCCCUGUGCAAGCCCACAGUCACCAAAGGGGUUGGUGGCAAAACUAGGUCUCCCAAUUCCCAGGCCCAUGUGUCCCCACUCACCAAGCUACUUCUCAGUGGCCUGGGGGAAAGGGAACCAAGGAAAAGGCAGAAGGGAGAGAAGUAAGAGAGGGGAAGGCAGCAGACCAGAGGGUAGAAGGAUGAUGGGUUUCUGUGGGCCUUUGCCUGGGAAGGCAGGUCAGGACACUCCCCUUAGGGCAGUUUCCUACAGUCACAAUGCCUGGACCUCACCCACUCCAUCCCUCACCCACUCCUCACCUAUCCCGCCUAACCCACUCCAUCCCUCAAUUCCCCUCAACGGACCCCUCCAACCGCGCUGGUCCUGGUCUGGCCUUUCCUCCUGGCUCCCAUAUUCAGUCCAGCCUGAGGCCACCAUGCCCCACCUCUGGAACUCUGCAGUGCCUCCCUGGCUGCAACAUUUAGGGCUCAUAGUUGUUAGCCUAGCUCUUAUAGUCCCAGGUGCAGAGACUCCCAUUGACUUGUCCUACCACCCUAACCACCCUGGUACAUCUGCACGGCUGAGCCCUCACCCUCACUGGGAAAGCUCAGCCCGGGGGCGUCCAGGCCAGGGACUGAGGGGCAGCUGGCUAAAGUGGCUAAAGACAUGCACACGGGUGCGCCUGCCUGUGCAGCUGUCUGGGUGGCCGGUCACUUCCUUGGGCUGAGAGAAAGUGUGUGUGUGUGUGUGUGUGUGUGUUCAUGAGGAGGGCCUUGGUUCCCAGGGCCCAGGGAUCUGGAUGGAAUUAGGAGCUGGCGGGGGGGGGGCCAGGAGGGGGGGGGGGGGGCUGCUGCAGGAAACGUGAGAUGCACUCAUUAGCUCCUCACGUGCUCAGCCAGAUUUAUAAACACACAGAGAAGACGGGAUGUAAACAAUCAGUGGGCAGCAGCCAGAGGCAGAGCUGAGGCCGGGGCCGGGCUGGGGGCCAGGAUUGGUGGGGAGAGGGAGAGGGGGACCCAGGACACAGCCCCAGUGGUCGGGGUCCACCUGCACACCAUGAGCCUAAGGGAGGAUGGAUGAGGGCUCCAGGAAGCCCACCAUGCACUCUCCUCAGGAGGCAAGCGAGCUGUGCUAGGUUCCCGAGCUCACAACUACACCACAAGUGUUCACCCCACACUGCUUUCCUCCUGCUGCCUGAGACACGGGCAUGGGCAUGGCUUGCCCAGAGUAAAAGCUGUCAUAGCAGGGGCAGAGCCCUGUCCUUCUACCCCCCUUUCUCCUCUCCUAACCUCUUCUCCCUCUGGAUUCCUGAGAGCCCUUCCCUCUUUCCAGUUCUCUCUGUGGGCCGUCGGAUCCUUCUGUUCUCCCCUGCCCCCCCACCCCCAGCCUGCAACGACACAGUUACCUCAGAACUGAAAUAUUCCUGGAAACACCGGCCUCGUCUGGUUAAUUUCAUGAGCCGUUUUUUCUGCCCAGAUGACUUAGUUCUUGUCUAUCCAAAGGCUUCUCCCCCUGCUGUCCCUGUGUAGGGAGCUGAUCUCCCCUAGGGAUGUCCCAUGGGGCUCAGAAUGGGAGAGGGAUAAGUCCCGAUCUGGGUUCCUGACUAUACCUCUUGGCCGUGACAUAGGCAGAACCUAGAACUCCAGUCAACACUUGGGUAAAGAGGGAUGCCUAGUUCCCAGCUCCUGCUUCAGUUGGGACCCUCAGCCUUGCCACUAACUUUGAAUGAAGCCAGACUCGAUGCUGAAAGCAACCUCAAGGCUGGGAGGGCCGCUGCCCAAUUCAGCAGGUCUCCAAUCUCCAAAACUAAUUCUACUCUGUGCCCAUAGGAUCCUAGAGGUGACUGCCAGAUCCCCAGGCUUGGAGUUGUGUUGGAAUGUGAGGAACAGGGAGGAGAAAGGAACUGAGUUAGGCAAGAGCCAGGGGUAGAAAGGAAGAGUGAGGAACGCAGCAUCCAGGAGGAAGCCACAGGCUCAGAGGGCACAGGAAAGGGGGAGCCAGUCUCCCUAGGGAGCAGUUGAGUGCCUGACCCUACUCUCUGUCCUAAAAUAAACGCGUGUACACACACUCACACUUGCCUCAAACCAAGACCCUGUGACUGGUGGUACCCCACCCCCAUGCUCCCUCAGUAAAGCUGGCCAGCCACACAUCUGAAAGAGUCCAUACUGACCGGGGGCCACUGCCGAAGUCCUCACUGACCCCUGUCCUCCAUAAGAGAUGUUUUAUACAAAUGGAGUCUUGCAUCCUUCCUAGUUAGUAGCCCUCUCCAAAACUCUGCCCCAGCGCUGUGAUUAAACCUAACCUAGUCUUCAUUCUUUCUUCAAAUCCCAUCCUAACCAUGGGCAAAGUGUUAUAUCCAUCUAAGUUAUUUCUACCUAUCAAAGCAACCUAUGUCAUUAUAGAAAAAUCUGAGAGUAUAAAAUAUGAACUAUAGGAGCGGUGGGAAGGUGGCAGCAAAAAAAAAAAAAAAGGAAAAAAAAAUAAAGGAAAGAAACCACUCGUGACCUCACACCUAUUCAAGCUGAAAACCCAAACUAGCCCUGCUCUUCAUGACAUAAGCAGUGCCCCAUCUGGUAUCUAAACCGACCAAGUCACAGCCCUCCAGCUCACCUUCUGCCUGCCCAGACCUCACCACAUCCCCUGCUGGACUGAAACCUCAACCACACUAAAUGAACCAAAUCCCAAGUCUAAACUAAUCUGAAACUUUUAAAGUAACCCAGUCCUUAAAUCUAACCUAGCCCAAUGCCAAUUAUAUCUAUCCUAGCCAAACCCUAACUGCCUUUGCCAGUCAAAAGUGUCCACUCAAUCCUCACCUUGGUCCUCACUUAAAAUCCCAGAAAAGCAUAUUUCCCCACUGCCCAUGUCCCUCCUUACAGCACCCAACCCUGGCCUCUGGACUCCUGGUAUCCUGGGAUGUUCAAACUCUGCAGUGCCAUCAGCCAACAAGCCCGACUCAUCAAAUGCACCUCUCUCCCUUCCUGUCCCUACCCUCGCAGGCUGAUGGAAAGGCCUCAUUGAAGUCCAACUUUUCCCCACCUAACACCAAGAAUGGCAUGAACCUCCACACUGCCACCAUUCCCUGAGAGUGAGCACUAAAUCUUCAGUCUAACCCCACCCUACGCUUCCUGCAUUCAGGAAUCACAUCCUAGAAUAUACCCAAAACUAGCCCCAUAAGGCAGCCCGACCCUGGUGGUCUAACCCUAUACCUUGCCUCCUAUGGACGACUGUGUUCUUGGCGGCCGCCUCUCUCCUGCUUCCUCCCUUGGGGCUGACUGCUCGGCCUGCCAGCUCUGACAUGUGCUGUCUCCCACCCUCUGACUCCCCUCAAGCUGCAGUGGGACUAGGAGACUGGCAGGAAGCUAUAGUACAACUGGAACACAGGCAGGUCGACCUGCAGUCCCUAGGCCUGGCCCCAUCCCUCCAUGCACACACACAUAUAUGUUGGCACACACACAGUGGCACACAUGCCAAAGACUCUCUCAGCUGACACACAGAUACACUCUCAAGUAUCUACUGAUAGACACUUAUGCGUGCCAAGUCCUCAUCCUCACACACACACACGCCUCUCUUUCUCUCCCCUCUCGCCAGGAGUGUUUUCCCUCCUCCAUCCCCUCUGCCUCCCAUCUGGUGUCCCACCCUCACCCACCUUCCAGCCCAAGGUGGGGACAGACACCUGAGGGGCUGCCAGACGCUUCCCCGUGUGGGCCUGGGCCGCACUCAUGCUUCUCGUCCAUCCUGCCCACAGGGGACUCGUGGGGGAUGUUAGCGUGCCUGUGCACGGUGCUCUGGCACCUCCCUGCAGUGCCAGCUCUCAAUCGCACAGGGGACCCAGGGCCUGGCCCCUCCAUCCAGAAAACUUAUGACCUCACCCGCUACCUGGAGCACCAACUCCGCAGCUUGGCUGGGACCUAUCUGAACUACCUGGGCCCUCCUUUCAACGAGCCUGACUUCAACCCUCCCCGCCUGGGGGCAGAGACUCUGCCCAGGGCCACUGUUGACUUGGAGGUGUGGCGAAGCCUCAAUGACAAACUGCGGCUGACCCAGAACUACGAGGCCUACAGCCACCUUCUGUGUUACUUGCGUGGCCUCAACCGUCAGGCUGCCACUGCGGAGCUGCGCCGCAGCCUGGCCCACUUCUGCACCAGCCUCCAGGGCCUGCUGGGCAGCAUUGCAGGCGUCAUGGCAGCUCUGGGCUACCCACUGCCCCAGCCGCUGCCUGGGACUGAACCCACAUGGACUCCUGGCCCUGCCCACAGUGACUUCCUCCAGAAGAUGGAUGACUUCUGGCUGCUGAAGGAGCUGCAGACCUGGCUGUGGCGCUCGGCUAAGGACUUCAACCGGCUCAAGAAGAAGAUGCAGCCUCCAGCAGCUGCAGUCACCCUGCACCUGGGGGCUCACGGCUUCUGACUUCUGACCUUUGCCACCUCCUCUUCGCUCCCCCUUCAAACCCUGCACCCACUUUGGGAGAGCCAGCCCUGUAUGCCAACACCUGUGAGCUUCUGGCCCUCUCCUGGACCGGCUGGGCGUGUGAUGCGAUCAGCCUUGUCUCCUCCCCACCUCCCAAAGGUCUGAGCUGGGGAGGAGGUGCAAUAGGCCCUGUCCUGUCCUGUUUCUACAGGAAGUCAUGCUCCAGGGAGUCUGAAGUGUUUCAAGUUCGUGCAGAGGCUGUCAUGGCCUCCUGCUUCUUGCCUACCACUCGGCCAAUGCCCACCCAGCCCCUCAGGUGGCACACCUGGAAGGCAGGAGUUGAGGGGCCACCACCACACAUGCCUUUCUGGGGUGAAGCCCUUUGGCUGCCCCACUCUCCUUGGAUGGGUGUUGCUCCCUUACCCCCAAAUCACUCUAUACAUCCAAUUCAGGAAACAAACAUGGUGGCAAUUCUACACAAAAAGAGAUAAGAUUAACAGUGCAGGGGUGGGGUCUGCAUGGAGGUUCCCUAUAAACCAGAAGAGAAAAUACUGAAAGCAGAGGGACAGGGACAGACCACAACAGACCCAGGAGUCUCCAAAGCACAGAGUGGCAAACAAAAGCCAAGCUGAGCAUCAGGACCUUGCCCCGAAUUGUCUUCCAGCAUUACAGUGCCUCCUCUCUGCCCCCUUUCCCAGGGUAUCUGUGGGUUGCCCAGGCUGGGGAGGGCAACCAUAGCCACACCACAGGAUUUCCUGAAAGUUUACAUUGCAGUAGCAUUUUGGGGUGUGGGGUGGCAGCUCCCCCCAGGCCCUGCCCCCCAGCCCCACCCACUCAUGACUCUUAAGUGUGUUGUAUUAAUAUUUAUUUAUUUGGAGAUGUUAUUUAUUAGAUGAUAUUUAUUGCAGAAUUUCUAUUCUUGUAUUAACAAAUAAAAUGCUUGCCCCAGAACUUA